ACAUUUAUAGGAAAUGGCGCAAUUGUUCCUCUUUGAGCUCCGAACUGUAAUCGCCGGCGAUGGACUUCAAAUGCUCCGAUUUGGCCCAGUGGAAGGAGGCACUAUCUUCUUACGGGGCCCGUAUUGAGUCACUCAACAAGCCCAAACUCGUCUCUCUCGAUGAUUUCUACCGGAAUGAACUUCCCGGCUUUCUUCGGCAACGAAACCCUAGUUACAUCACAACUCCCGAACUCACCAAGCUCAUGCAAUGGAAGCUUACUAGAGGCAAAUGGAGGCCUAGGCUGUUGGAUUUUGUAUCAUCACUGGACGAUGCUGUUGUGAGAUCUGCUUCAGAGAAGGCAUUUCAGUAUCUACCUGAUAUCUCAAAAGCUAUUUCAGAACUCACUGUCUUGAAAGGCAUUGGUCCAGCCACGGCCUCCGCAGUUCUGGCUGCUUUGGCACCGGAUAUUGCACCUUUUAUGUCGGAUGAAGCAAUGGUGGCUGCAAUUGGCAACUCGAAAGACUAUACUCUGAAACAGUAUCUAGUUUUAGUGGACAAACUGCAGGCAAAAUCCAAGGAGUUAUCUGCAAAAGGAGACAGUUUUACUCCAUCAGACGUUGAAAGGGCACUGUGGAGUUCUGCUGUGGGUGCCAAGUUGGGCGGCUUGUCACAAGAGCCUAAGGAGGCAAGCUUGAAGAGGCAGUCCAAGAGGAAGCGAGUACGGUGACCUGGUGAUGCUGGUUGAGUUCAGUAGGUUUUAAUCAAUCAGUGCAAAAAGUAGAAGCAGAUUACGACAUCAUCGGAAAACAAGAAAUCAAACUUGAUGUUAGACAAUUUCAAAACCAAGUGGCGUUUGCUUCAAAAUUUUGAAGAGAGAUUUGUAUCCAAUCAAGGAAGAAAAGUUUUCCGUUUCUGUAAAAAGUGAAAUGAUUUUUUCGCUUUCUUGGUAGUUGAUUAGAAAAACAGUUUUUGUAUUUUGCAAAAUGAUUUCUUCAAAAAUUUCAAGGUGGCACACUGGCAUUGGGCAACAAGCGCUUGUGUAGAAUGUUACGAAACCCAAAUAUCUUUCAUGCCAUAGGCAUUAUUUUUCGUAAACAGUGGACUUAAUCAUCACUGAGGUGGUGCUGGUUUGUCUGUAAGGAACUAGUAUAUAGAAAGGUCCAGAACCCAUUUGUGGUUUUUUUGGAC